UUCGAAUGAGAGGAAACAGCUGAUUGUGGUUCAGGAAACUUUUCAAGAGAAAAAAAUGGUACUGACAAGGCUUCUGCCCUCGAGAGUGAGGCCAGGACUUCGCUCUCUGCUGAUCUCAAGCAGGAGGAUGUCUUCCAGCGCACCUGAGGUAAUACUGGAGGACGUGGGGGACAAAGGCCUGAUUACCCUGAACAGACCGAAGGCCCUCAAUGCCCUCAACCUCAACAUGGUGCGACUCAUCUACCCGAAGCUGAAGGAAUGGGAGAAUACUAAGUCCAUGGUGAUUAUCAAAGGGACAGGAGAAAAAGCCUUCUGUGCUGGUGGAGAUGUGCGAUCCAUUGUCGAGGGGAAAACAAAUGGUUUGGAGAUUGGUCCAGAUUUCUUUCGGGAAGAAUACAUGCUCAACUGUCUUAUUGGGACGCUUCAUAUUCCGUACAUUGCUCUUAUUGACGGUAUCACAAUGGGGAGUGGUGUAGGGUUGUCUGUUCAUGGAAAUUAUCGAGUCGCCACAGAACGCACCCUGUUUGCCAUGCCAGAGACUGCCAUCGGGCUCUUCCCAGAUGUAGGAGGUUCCCAUUUCCUACCUCGACUGGGAGGACGAUUGGGAAUGUAUUUAGCUCUUACAGGUCACAGACUAAAAGGAAGAGAUGUACUGAAAGCAGGUGUUGCCACUCAUGUGUGCGAUGCUGCGAGAAUAGGGGAGUUGGAGGAGGCAUUGUUGAAGCUGAGCUCUCCGUACCCAGAGGAUAUCGCACAAGUCAUUGAGAGCUUCCACAAAGAGUCCACCUUCAGUAAGGAUGAGCCAUUCUCACUACAGCCCGUGCUCCCAAAGAUCAAGGCUUGUUACUCUGCCGGUAGUGUUGAGGAUAUCAUUUCAAACCUUGAGAAAGAUGGAUCAGAUUGGGCACAGAAGCAACUGCAGAUCUUGAGCAAAAUGUCCCCUACCUCAUUAAAGGUGACUUUCGAGCAGUUAGAACGAGGGGCACACCUUACCCUCCAGGAAUGCCUCACCAUGGAGUUGCGAAUGGUAUGGCGGUUCUACCACGAUCAUGACUUCAGUGAAGGUGUAAGAGCACUGCUGAUUGACAAAGACCAGAAUCCCAAGUGGAAACCAGCCACCUUGAAGGAUGUUCCCACCACCG